GAUAAGAGAAGGAUGCAAGUGCCCAGUGUAGAUUUGCCCACUGCUGUGUGGAGAUGUGCAGGUUCAGUGUGUGCUGCUCCUCCUGGGCAGUGGCUGUGUUGAGCAGAGGGCGGCUGUGAGGGCAGCUGCUGCUGAGGGAUUGUUGCAGGAUCGGUGGGUGAAACCCGCUGGAGCGGCAAGGGCAGAAAUGGCAGGGUUCAGGGGCCACGUGUGUGUGAAGAGGCGUACUGGCCGUGCUGUCUGUCUGGGUGCAGGGACAUGGGUGUACCUGUGUGCGAACAUAAGCGUACAGAGCAAGAGGUGCGGCUGGGUUAGUGAAGUGCUGUGCGUGCAUAAAGUGAAACUGUUCAAGGAAGGGUGCAAAAGAGGACUUGAUGCUAUGCCUCCUUGUGUGGCCCCGGAGCUGGACCGUCGUGAGGUUGGGUGCAGGAAGGGAGAGCCAGAAGUGUGUGUGGUGGCAUCUGAAAUGUGCUGAGGUUGGCAUUUCUCUUCCUUUUGGAGUUGGUGUGUUGUUGCCCAGUUGGUGAGCUCCCCAGGAAGGGAAGGGGUGAUGGGAGAGGGUCUCUUUGGGGAGAACAGGGCACACCAGCCUCUCAUGGGGCCCCUGGUGGCAGCGCUGCAGAUGUGAGAGAGCCUUGUGCAGGUAGGUGGGCAGCAGUCACUGGCCUGGGUGUGCUGGAGGAGGGGCACUCUGGUGCUGUGCCUAGAGCUGGAGGGUCUUGAGGAGAGUGAGGUGGCCUUGUCCCGCAGCACUGGCUGUGCUCAUGUUGCACGUGAGCUGCUGGGGGCGAGGACGAGGCGUUUGAGGUGCACCAGUGUGCUGUGCUCAGUGUUGGAGUGGAGCCUGUGUGCAGCACACACUUGGAGAGCAGGGUUGUUGCUGGGUUGUGCGAGAGCUCCGUGGCUUUGGUGUGCGGCCGUGGCAGGGAGGUUCCCGUGGUGGGAGUGCCCCUGCGGUGAGCAAGCGCCUGGGAGGAGGAGGCCCAGCUGGGAGCACAGAGCCUGCCCCGCAGCACUUGUGCCUGGCGCUCCUCAAGGUCCCAAGGGGGCAGCUGGGUGUUCCUGGAGAAGCCCCAAGUGUGUGCAGGCCUGUGAGCUGGGGGGCUGGGAGGGCUUUGGGUAGCGCUGGCUCUGGCCUUGAAAGCGCCUCCCACGCUGCCCAGGCUUCCUGGGCCGGAGCCCUGGCUGGAAGGUUUCUGCCACCAUUUUGUGGGAGGGAGAUGCCAUUUUGUUCAGUGUUGGAGCUCCUGCUUCCUUGUACCAGGAAGUACUCAGAUAUCAAAAUAUUUAUAUGCAGCUCAUGCAUAGGGUAUGUAGAUAUUUAGAGUUGUCUGUAAGAAGGAAUGAAUCAGUAGAUUCAUACUUAGAUCCGCUAAUUAUAGACAUUUCUAGAGGUAUAUGAAUGAGAGAUUUGUAAUGGUAAAAUCAUAAGCCUGAGGUAGGUAAAGCAGUCUUUCUUGAGAGCUGAUGGAAUGAAUCUGUAGAUGUGGAUGAAAUGCAUUGCACAAGGAUAAAAGGCAGGUUCAGGCCUUCUGCUUUACCUACCUCAGGCUGUAGAAAAGCACCGAGCUGUUUGGGGAGCAGCCAGGAGGUGUCACAGGGCACUGGGACGUGCCCGAGGGCUGUGGAACUGUGUGAGGUGGCUGCCAGGCAGGCCUCAGCAAGCACCGUGACAUGUCCCCAGAACAUGGCUCGAGGUCUGUCCCUCGAUCCAGGCUGAGAAGGCUCCAUGCCUGGGCAGAGCACAGUGGGAUGGUCAUGCAGAGCCCUGGGGCAGGCUCUGGGCAUGCCAUGGCCCUACCAGACACGAGCAACACAGGCUGAAAAAACAGAAGGCCAGAACAAAAUCCCUGUGUCGGAGGAUCACGUUCCUGGGGACUUAAGUUUUGUUUUCUCUCUGAAGAGUCUGUGGAGUCGAGGCAUUGUGCACUUGUGGGUAAGACGUUGCAUGCCCCAGAUGCAUGCUGUUUCCAUGGUGGAGUGGAGACAUGAGCGUUAGUGAAGGUGCUGGCUCAGGGGCACAUGGAGCAUCUCCCAUCUCUCUAGAGGGACACCCCGCACCACAGAGUGUGGAGUGCUGUGACAGGGGGUGGUGGUUGUAUCCUCUCUCACUUACAGUGGAAGUUUUAACCCUGCAGGUAGCAAGGUGUCAUCAAAUCACAAAAUACCCUGAAUUGGAUAAAAUGACCCACAGGAUCAUCAAAAUCCAACUCCUUGCCCUGCACAGGAAACUAAACUAAUCAUACCAUGUGCCUUAGACCAUUGUCCAAAAGUUUCUUGGUCUCUGUCAGACCUGGUGCUGUGACCACUUCUAUUGGGAGCCUGUUCUAGUGCUCAGUCACCCUCUGGGUGAAGAACCUUCUCCUGAUAUCCAGCCCAAACCUUCUGUGACACCACUUUGGCCAUUCCCAGGGGCCCUGUCACUGCUCACAGGAGUGUAAAUAUCAGUGUCUGCUGCUCCUCUUACCCUCACAAGGAAGUUGUAGACUGCAAUGUGGUCUCUCCUCAGUCUUCUCUUGUCUAGACUGAGCAGACCAAGUGACUUCAACCUCAUAUGGGUUCCCCUCACAGCCCUUCACCAUGUUUGUUCCCCCCCUUUGGACACUCUUGACAGCUCAAUGUCUUUCUCAUACUGUGGUACCCAAAACUGCCCCCAGCACUCAAGGUGAGGCUGCCCCAGUGCAGAGCAGAGUGGGAUAAUCCUCUCCCUUGCCUGGCUGUGAUUCUGUGCCUGAUGCACCACAGGACAUGAGAGGCCCUCCUGGAUUCCAGGGCACUGCUGACUCAUGUUCAGCUUCCCAUUGGCAGGACCCCCACGCCACUUUCCAUGGUGCCUCUCUUUCCCUGGCUGUACACCCCUCCAGAAUUGCCCUGUCACAGGGCUAUAGGUGAAGAUGCAGGAGCCAGAACUUGUUGCAAAAGCCCUGCGAGCUGUUCUUCAUGCCUUUAAAAAUGGUGUACGUUUGUCAGAACUUCAGAAUGAAUACAGAUCCCUGACCAAUGAGUUCAUUCCCUUCAGGCACCUAGGAUAUGACACACUGGAAGGCUACUUGGAAAGUAUCCCAGGAGUGGUCAGAAUGGAAGAGAACAAAAUGGGAGAGGUAAUUUGCCAUGCUGUUAGUUGCAAUGAAACUGUACGAGUUGCUCAACUGGUGGCCCGACAGAGGAGUUCCAAGAAGAAAACAGUCCGGCAGGUGAACUGUCAGAUGAGACUGAAGAACACAUCACCAGUCAGUUUAUCAGGAAAGCCCAAAGGAACUUUGCGGCAGCCCCGGUCUUUGAACAUGCCAGAAGAAGGCAGUUCUAAGAGGCCUGUUCCUCGCCUGCCCCGAGGCAGAGAAGUGGCAUGUGGAGGUGUGAAACCUGUGGUGGAGAGUGCCCGAUCUGCCUUACCUUCAGCUGCUGGGAGUGGACCACCUAAAGAAAUCCCCAUGCAGAGGCAUGUCACUGUGGUAAACAGAUCUGAGAAGAGGCUGACUGUCCCACCACGAUUUCAAAAGGAGUUGCAAGUUCACCUGUCCAGAAGCUCUUCCACAGAGUCAAAUGAUAGCUUGAAUACAUCCACUGCAGAGGCACAUACUGUUGCCCCUGGCUCUUCUGCUGCUGAUGUCCUGGAACUUCAAAGUCGCAUUAAGGAGCUGCUGAGCAAGUACAGCAGUGGUGUCAGACUGUCAAAGAUGCCUCAGAUAUAUCGGGAAAUGUACUGGGAGGACCUGAGCACAGAAGUGCUCUAUCAGCUUGAGAACUGGCCUCAUGUGUGCACAGUAGACAGCAUCCACAGCCUUUCCCUCACCCUCUGGGGACAUCACCUGGUCGUGAAAGGACAUCAGGUUGGUCAGGUGGAGAAAAUACACAGAGGUGAUCCAAUAGAUGGAUUUGUUUAUCCUGCUAAGAAAAUACCACCAGCAGCAAAAAGCGAUGCUGAGCAAGAAAAGGCAUCUCAGAAUGUUGCUUCACCAAAAGCAGACCCUUUGUUAAAGCCAAAUAUGGAGACCACACCUGCAUCACUCAGUAGCGACUUCAAAGCAAAAGUUGUUGGCAUCUUGCUGAAGUAUUCCAAUGGUCUUUGGGCUCAUGCACUUCCCAAAGUGUACCAAGACACUUACCAAGUAAAAUUCCCAGAAGACAUUCUAAAUAAUCUAGAGUUGCUGGCAGAUGUAUGUGUUGUGGACUACGUAUCUGAAGUCCCCAGAAAGGCGAUCCUCUAUGCUAAACCCCAGAAAUGCACUGAUGAAAAUCUGAAUGUCACUGAGAAAGUCAAGAGGCAUGAUAGUGUGAAGGCCACAGCUGAACAGCAGUAUGAAGAAUCCAAGGACCAGUACCUAGAAAACAUAACUGUUCCUUCUCUAAUUAUUCCAUCUGAAGGAUCUGUGUCCAUCAUGGUGUUAGAAUUGAAAAACACUAAUGAGGUCCUAAUUAGGUAUGUGGGCAAAGAGUAUUCUUCUGCCCAGGAACAAAUGGAAGAUGAAAUGAAAGCGUACUACAAUCAGACCAGUACAGUGUCAUCAGCUCCGUCUCUGAGUGUUGGGCAGCUUGUUGCGGUACAUGCUGAAGAAGAUGCCUGGUUGCGUGCACGGAUAAUUUCUCUGGAGGACAACAGAGUAAAGGUAUACUAUGUUGAUCAUGGCUUCAGUGAAUUUGUUGAAAGCAACAGUGUGUGCAGACUACAGAAACAAUUCAGAUCACUUCCUUUUCAAGCUGCAAAAUGUAAACUGGCAGGACUGGAAGCCUUCUGUGAUGAUCCUGUCCUAGUAAAGGCUGUGGAAUCACAGACAUGUUUCAAGAUAUUUGCUGUGGAAAUACUGGAAAAGAGUGAUACUCCUCUUCUUGUUCUCUAUGACACUUCUGGAGAAGAUGAUAUCAACAUCAAUGCUACUUGUCUGAAGGCAUUGUAUGACAAGUCCCUUGAACUGCACCUACAGGCAGAUACACUAUAUACCAAUGUCAUAGUAACCAGUGUUUCCUCUGAUGGGAGCCUGUAUUGUCAAGUGCCAUCCAAAGGCUUGUCUAGACUUUCUGAAAUAUUGCAGAAACUAGAAGACUACUUUAUUUACAAGCAGACAUCUGAGUUCAAUGUAUUGCUACCUUUCUGUGGCAAAAUCUGCUUGUUUCCUUCCAAAGGAAAAUUGGCACGUGUAGAGAUAAAAAUUAUUCACACUAGACGGGCACUUGAUGUGCAAUUUAUGGAUAGUGGAACAGUUGCAACUGUAAAAGUAUCAGAGCUCAAAGAAAUCCCACCACAAUUCCUGAGAGAAGUAAUUGCAAUACCUCCUCAGGCUUUGAAGUGCUGUCUGGCAGAUCUGCCUCCUAACACUGGCAUGUGGACUCCAGAUGCUGUACUGUGGCUGAGAGAUGCUGUAAUAAAUUGUCCUGAAUUUAGCAUGAAGGUGAUUAAACAGGAUGCUUCAAAAGGAAUUGCACACAUCUACUUGUUUGCUCCAGAGAAUUUCCCAGACAUGGAUCGUAGCAUCAAUAGGCAGAUCAAAAAUGCAGACUUGUGGAAGCAUCAAAAAGAUGUUUUCUUGAGUGUGGCUCCCAGUGGGACUGGCUUCACAAAAGCUGUAGGUGAUGCUGCUCCAGCUCUACAGUUACCUAGUGGGAAGCUGGAGAAGAGUUUCCCUGAUUCAGGCAGAGAGCCCGGCAGUGCAGUGUCCAGCAUGGAGAUGCCGCCCCCUCUACCCUUGCCAAAGCCUGGUGACCUCAUGGAUAUCUACGUCUCGGUGGCCUGCCAUCCCGGUCAUUUCGUUGUCCAGCCUUGGAAUGAGCUAAACAACCUGUAUGCCCUAAUGGAAGAAAUGAUCUUAUACUACAGCAGGGCAGAAGAGAAACCUGUGACCAUUGAAAAAAAUAAGCUGUAUGCAGCUAAAAUUGGAGAUGAGUGGUACAGGGUCAUAAUAAAAGGGAUUCUUAGAAAUGGGUUUUUGUCAGUGUAUGAGCUGGACUAUGGCAAACAUGAGUUUGUCAGUGUAGGGAAAGUACAGCCACUCCUGGAUACGUUCAGAAGACUACCUUUCCAAGCUAUCACGGCUCAGCUUGCAGGAGUGAAAAACCAGCAGUGGUCAGAAGAGGCAUCAAUAGUGUUUCGGAAUCUGGUAGAGAAGAAACCUUUUGUGGCACAGAUACAGGCAGUUAAUGACAGCACUAACUCUUGGGAUCGAAAAAUAGUGACUUUUCUUGUGGACACAUCUCUUCCACAUAUUGAUACAUGGAUUCAUGAUUUUGUGUCUCAGAGUCUUGUGGAAUUUUCAAAGGGUGAUUAAUCAUCACUUCUGCAAUGUAGCAGCUUAGCAAUAAAAUGAGUAACAGGCUUUGAAGAGAAGUAUAACUACUACAUGGCCUUGAAGACAUAAUGGGGAUAAAAUUGAAAAAUCUGUGUUUGUUUAACAAGUUUGGAUUCUGUUGACUUCAGCUGACUUUCUGAAAAUUUUCACGUUGUUUACCAUUGUAAUGCUAGAAUAUUUGAGUUAAAUUAUUUUAAAAGUUAUUUAUCAAUAAAACUAUGUUUAAUUGUG